AUGACGAUUCCAGACGAGGUUGAUAUUAUCGUUUGUGGUGGAGGGUCUUGCGGAUGUGUCGUCGCUGGACGAUUGGCCAACCUUGACCAUAACCUUCAAGUUCUUCUUAUCGAAGGUGGAGAGAACAAUCUAAACAACCCAUGGGUUUUCCGACCGGGGAUUUAUCCCCGUAACAUGAAAUUGGACAGCAAGACUGCCUCUUUCUAUUACUCACGGCCAUCUGAAUGGCUCGAUGGUCGUCGAGCUGUUGUGCCUUGCGCCCAUAUUUUGGGUGGCGGCUCCUCAAUUAACUUUAUGAUGUACACUCGUGCGUCUGCUUCAGACUACGAUGACUUCCAAGCGAAGGGCUGGACCACCAAGGAGCUCAUUCCGUUGAUGAAGAAGCACGAGACGUACCAGCGCUCAUGCAACAACCGCGAUAUACACGGCUUCGAGGGCCCAAUCAAGGUUUCAUUUGGCAACUACACAUAUCCGAUCAAAGAGGAUUUCCUACGCGCUUCUGAGUCUCAGGGCAUUCCUACAACGGACGAUCUCCAAGACUUGGUCACAGGUCACGGUGCUGAGCAUUGGUUGAAAUGGAUCAACCGUGACACCGGACGCCGAAGCGAUUCUGCGCAUGGAUACAUCCACAGCACUCGUGCGGUUCACCAGAAUUUGCACUUGGCUGUCAACACCAAAGUCGACAAGGUCAUUCUCGAAGGUGGCAAGGCGGUUGGCGUUCAAACCGUACCCACCAAGCCCCUUCACCCAAAUCAGAAGCAAAGCAAGAUUUACAGGGCUCGGAAGCAGAUCAUCGUGUCUGGUGGCACUCUCAGCUCGCCUUUGAUCCUCCAGCGAAGUGGUAUCGGUGACCCCGAGAAGCUCCGCAAGGCUGGCGUUAAGCCGCUCGUUGACCUUCCUGGUGUCGGCUUGAACUUCCAAGAUCAUUAUCUGACCUUCUCCGUCUUCCGCGCCAAACCACACGUUGAGUCGUUUGAUGACUUUGUUCGUGGCGACCCGAAGACACAGGAAAAGGUUUUCGACCAGUGGAACCUCAAUGGUACAGGCCCUCUGGCGACCAACGGUAUCGAAGCUGGUGUGAAGGUCAGGCCCACAGAAGAAGAAUUGAAGGCGAUGGACUCGUGGCCUUGCAAGGAGUUCAGGUCUGGAUGGGACAGCUACUUCAAGGAUAAGCCUGACAAGCCCGUCAUGCACUACUCUGUUAUUGCCGGUUGGUUCGGCGACCACAUGCUCAUGCCACCCGGGAAGUUCUUCACCAUGUUCCACUUCCUGGAGUAUCCGUUCUCUCGUGGCUCCACCCACAUUGUCUCACCCAAUCCCUAUGAGGCGCCCGACUUCGACGCAGGUUUCAUGAAUGACAAGCGAGAUAUGGCUCCCAUGGUCUGGGGUUACAUCAAGUCUCGUGAGACGGCACGACGCAUGGAUGCGUAUGCUGGCGAAGUCCAAGCUAUGCACCCGUUCUACGCGUUCGACAGCCCCGCUCGGGCCAAGGACAUGGAUCUGGCUACCACCAAUGCUUACGCACUUGAUGGAAACCUCACUGCCGGCAUCCAACACGGCUCUUGGAGCAUGCCGGUCGAGAAGGGCCGCGCUCCGGAGCCGAACAUGCUCAACUCGAACUGUCAAGAUUGCCUGGAGGACCUCAAUUACUCUAAUGAGGACAUCAAGCAUAUCGAGGACUGGACUAAGCGUCACGUCGAAACUACGUGGCACUCCCUGGGCACGUGCUCCAUGGCGCCUAAGGAAGGCAAUUCGAUUGUCAAGCACGGUGUGCUCGAUGAACGCCUCAAUGUGCAUGGCGUGAAGAACCUCAAGGUUGCGGAUCUGUCCAUCUGCCCGGACAACGUCGGCUGCAACACUUAUUCCACCGCCCUGCUCAUCGGCGAGAAGUGCGCUGUGCUCACUGCUGAGGAUCUCGGCUACUCUGGCUCUGCACUCGACAUGAAGGUGCCAACGUAUCACGCGCCGCGCGAGAUCACCGGCUUGUCUAGAUUGUAG